AUGGAGAACAGACUCCUCUUUCCGCACCGGAAAGCUCAAGAUGAGUAUUCACAGUGCAAGCCGACACGUUCGGGCUUAGAUAGCAGGGCCGUCUCCACCGGCAUGGAUUUGACUAACCCUGGGAAGUUUAAUGAGAAGGAAUUGAUGCAUGGCUUAAACGAUCGUCUCGCAGGAUUCAUAGAGAAGGUGCACCACCUGCAGUACCAGAAUACUCUGCUAGAGAGAGAAAUCGGUGAGAUAAGAGGGAAAGCGAAACCCGCAUCUCGUCUGGAGGAAGAGUAUGGACCAGAGCUCAGGAAACUGAGGCAGCUGCUUCAGGAAAUCACUCAUCAGAAGCAUCAGAUUGAAGUCGAGCACGACAAUUUUGAGGAAGACCUGUCCAAUUUAAGGAGACAACAUGACCAGGAAGCGAGGAGCAGAUCGGAUGCAGAGAGCGAUAUCGUGGUCCUCAAGAAGGACAUUAAUGACGCGUAUCAGGCUAAACUACAGAUGGACAAGAAAGCGCAGGCUCUCGUGGAUGAAAUCCAGUUCCUGAAGGGAAACCAUGAAGCCGAGGUGUCAGAGAUAAUGGAUCAAAUCAAGGAUGCACAGGUGACUGUCAAGGCGCAUGCAUUUGGAAACUCCGGAAUUACUGCGGCACUCCGGGACAUCAGGGCACAACUGGAAGGUCAUACCGUGUCUGAAGUCCAGCAGCAGGGAGACAAUUUCCAAUCUCAGUUUGCAAGGCUAACAGAGGCAGCUGAGAGCCAGAGAGAGGCGUUAAAAGCGACCCAGCAAGAGAUCCAGGAGUACAAGAAGCGCCUGCAGGCCAAGGACAUCGAGCUGGACUGCACUUAUGGCACCAGGGAAGCGCUUCAGAAGCAACUCCGUGACGUGGAGGAUCGCCACCAGGAAGAAAUGAUUCAUUACCAGAACACAAUCAAAGAACUUGAAAAUGAGCUCAUAAAUUGCAAAUUUGACAUGUCUGGUUACCUGCGGGAGUACCAGGACCUGUUGAAUGUGAAGAUGGCUUUGGAUGUGGAGAUAAUGACUUACAGGUAA